CUCAUCUUGGAUUACACACUGCUACUAUGGCGCCUGGAGAACGCUCUGAAGAGGUGUGGCUGUGGUACACGGCCGUGUACGAGGCGAUUCAAGAGAUACCGUAUGGCAAGGUCACCAGCUACGGACACAUUGCCCGGCUGGUGGGAAAGCCCGAAUGUCCAAGACAGGUGGGCGUGUGUCUCAAGAACCUGCCUUCGCCAUCGCCAUCGGGCGACAGCAGCAGGACGAAGCCUAGGUUUCAUAGCGGCAACGUGCCUUGGCAGCGCGUGAUCAACGCCAAAGGCGGCAUCAGCCCGAGAGGACCAAGUGCGGCGGCGCACCAAGCAGAUGCUCUGCGGAGAGAGGGUGUAGAGGUUAGGCAGGAUGGCAUGGGGCAGUACACAGUGGAGCUGGACGAGUACGGGUGGUUCCCGGACAUGCUCCCGAGCGAGGCAGACCAGGUAGAGGGCAGCGACAUGGACGAAGACAAGGACGAGGACGAGGACGAGGACGAGGCCGCGUACCAUACUUGAGGUAUAUGCUUGAGAAGCUUUAGGGGGGGGGACUUGGAUACAUGGUGUAGUUACAGCAACCAGGGGUCUUGUUACAGCGGUGCAUUGCCGUUGAGCGAACAAAGUGUGUAUUGCCUGGCACGUUAGAGUUCCCAGCUCGCUGAUUGCCGGCGGCUACCCCAGAGUCGUG